AUGCCAGCCAUCAAGGAAGGUGAAAACCGCCGCCGCAACCAGCAGCGACGCGACCUCCGACACGACAAUCCCGUCAACACAAGCCUUUGCCACGAAAUCAACAAAUUGCGGCAAAUCUUAAAAUCCGUUUAUUCGGACCUACGAGAGCGUGAGGACAAACUCCAAAAUGCCCUCCUGGAGGAAAUCCUGAAUGUCGAACUUGAAAAGGCCCGCUCUCUCCAAGUCGCCCAAGAGACAGAGAGAAAUACCAUCAGGAAGGAAGCGAACGAACGCGAUGAGUCCCUCAAAGCGGAAAUGGCUAAGAUGGCCUUCCACCUAACACCCGUUACAACAACACCCAAACCAUGGAACGUAGUCGCUCGACAGAACAAGCCUGCGAAGGACACGAGACCAUACCAACAAAGCCCCCAGCUAAACCAGGGAACAAUGCAUCAUCUACACAAAUCAACAAUAAUGCCCUCACCAGUGCAGAUUGAGUUCACCAACCUUGAAUCACCACUGGAUAACUCGGCCGAGUUGAUUCAGAGAAUCCGCGCUUCCCUCAGCAGGGAAGCGACCACCGAGAACGUCAAGGUGAAAGGCUUAAAAAUGCUGCCAAACAACAGAGUUCUGGUCUUCGUCGAAACGAGGAGACAAGCGGAAACCAUGAUAGAACAUAACGAGUGGAGCCACGCCAUUGAAGGGUGCAGAAUGGCUGACAAAAUCCUCUUCCCUAUCAAGGUUGACAGCAUCAACCGGAACCACGUUUUCGAUGCUGCCGGCAACAUCAGCGAUGAGUUUUACUCCUCCAUAGGAGAAGAAAACGCUUGCACGAUCCCCAAAGCCAUCUGGCUGAGCGGGAAAAAGGCAUAUGGAUCUCUGAUCGCAUAUGUCAAGCAAAAGAGAGGCAACCGAGGACCGACGGACCUUGGAGAUGCUUCGGUGGAGGAAGAUGAGUCCCAAUUUAUUAAGGAGGAGCCUGUUAGUAAUGCUGCUCAUGAUGGAGAGCUCGAACCUCCUGAGUCGGAUGCUACCUACGGUGGAAAGCCUGAGGACCCCGAGCCCUCUAAGGUGAAGAAGGAAUCUGGCGAUGAUGCUACUCCUGUCGUCGAUUCCGACGAUGACCAGGCUCCAGAGGUCAGGGAGGAGCCUCAGGAGGGUCAAGAUGUUUAG